UGGGCCUGGAUUCAGGAAAACCUGAGCUCAAAUCUGGCCUCAUUCCCUUCCUGGAGAGCUGGUCUCCAUUUUCCAUACUGUAAAAUGGUGGUAGUAGGACCUACAUGACAGAGUUUUUGUUAGGAUCAGAUGAGAUAAUAUUUGUAAAGCCGUUGUGCCUGGCACAUAAUAGACACUUAAUAAAUGUUUGUUUCCUUGUUUCCUGCAUACGAAAUAUACCUAAGGUAAACUGCAGGAAAUCAGAGAAGGUCGAUCAAGACAUGCUUCUUGUAGAUGGUGGGAUCUUAGUAAAGACUUAAAGGCCCCCCAGAGCAGGCUGGCUCAAAACAGGAACGCUUGGAGCUGAGAUCUCUCUGCUUUCUUCCCUUGGAGCUGAGAUCUCUCUGCUUUCUUCCUUUGGAGCAGAGAUUUCUUUGCCCUCCCUCACAGCCAGGAUCUGUCUGCCUUUUGGAGGCCAGCUCUGAACAUGCCAGUCCCAGCUCAGCCUUCAGAGGACCAAGGCCUGGCCCAAGCAGGGAGCCUGGAGACAGAGGGAAUGGCCCCCGGGACCCAGAGACCUCCACCCCAGGAGUUGGUGACAUUCAAGGAUGUGGUUGUGGAUUUCACUGAGGAGGAGUGGGGCCUCCUGGACCAUUCUCAGAAAGAGCUGUACAAGGAGGUCAUGGAGGAGAAUGCCCAGAACCUGCUGACCCUGGGGCUUCCAGUGCCUAGAGAAGAUCUGAUCUCCCCUUUUCAUCAAGGAGAAGCACCAGGGACACUAGGGCAAAAAGGCCCAAGGAACUCCUGGCCAGGUGCAGAGACCAGGUUUGAAGUGAAUGAGGUGACUACACAGCUGAGCAUUUUUGUGGAAGAAUGUGGCCGGCAAACAUUCAUGAGUGAUGAUCCCUGUGAUUUCAAUUGGAAAGAAAUGGAAGAGAAGUUUUAUAAAUGUGAUGAAUGUGGGAAGGCUUUCUGCUACAGAUCACUCCUCAUUUGCCAUCAGAGUAUCCACACCGGAGAGAAACCUUAUGAAUGUAAACUGUGUGGAAAGGCUUCAGAUAGAGCUUCAGAUAUAGCUUUACAUCAGAGAACCCACACCAGGGAGAAGAUCUAUAAAUGUAAUCAAUGUGGAAAGGCUUUCAGAUACAGCUCCAGUCUUGCUAAACAUCAGAGAUUCCACAAUACAGAGAAACCUCAUGAAUGUGAUCAGUGUGGAAAGACUUUUGGAAAGAAGUCCCGUCUUGGUGCCCAUCAGAGAAUCCCUGCUGGAAAGAAACCUUUUGAAUGUAAUCAGUGUGGAAAGGCUUCGGGUAAAGCUUUACGUCAGAGAGUCCACACUAGGGAGAAAACCUAUGAAUGUAAUCAAUGUGGAAAGGCUUUCACACAGAGAGCCAAUCUUGCUUUGCAUCAGAGAAUUCACACUGGAGAGAAACCUUAUGAAUGUAAUCAAUGUGGAAAGGCUUUCACAAAGAGCUCGAAUCUUGGUGUACAUCAGAGAAUGCACACUGGAGAGAAACCUUAUGAAUGUAAUCAGUGUGGGAAAGCUUUCAGAUAUAGCUCCAGUCUUACUGAGCAUGAGAAAAUCCACACUGGAGAGAAACCUUAUGAAUGUAAUCAGUGUGGAAAGGCUUUCACACGGAACUCCCGUCUUGUUUUACAUCAGAGAAUCCACACUGGGGAGAAGCUUUUUGAAUGUAAUCAAUGUGGAAAGGCUUUCACACAGAGCUCUAGUCUUACAGUACAUCGGAGAAUCCACACUGGAGAGAAACCUUUUGAAUGUAGUCAGUGUGGAAAGGCUUUCAGAGAGAGCUCUCAUCUUGGUGCCCAUCAGAGAAUCCAUACUGGAGAGAAACCUUAUGAAUGUAAUCAGUGUGGAAAGGCUUUCACAGAGAGCUCUCAUCUUAGUGCCCAUCAACGAAUCCACACUGGAGCGAAACCUUAUGAAUGUAAUCAGUGUGGAAAGGCUUUCACAAAGAGCUCUAGUCUUACCGUACAUCAGAGAAUGCACACUGGAAAAAAACCUUUUGAAUGUAAUCAGUGUGGAAAGGCUUUCACACGGAAAUCCCGUCUUGCUGCACAUCAGAGAAUCCACAGUGAGGAGAAACUUUUUGAAUGUAAUCAGUGUGGAAAGGCUUUUACACAGAGCUCCAGUCUUGCUGUACAUCAGACAAUCCACACUGGAGAGAAACCUUAUCAGUGUAACCAAUGUGGAAAAGCUUUUACACGACGGGGUAAUCUUGCUGCACAUCAGAAAAUCCACACUGGAGAGAAACCUUUUGAAUGUAUGCAAUGUGGAAAGACUUUCAGAAUUCGCUCUAGUCUUGCUAAACAUCAGAGGAUCCACACUGGAGAAAAACCUCGUGAAUGUAAUUAAUGUGGAAAGGUUUUCACAAAGAUCUCCAGGCUUGCUACACAUCAGAGCAUCCACAUUGGAGUGUCCACAAUGGCAAGAAAUCUUAUAAAUGUAAUCAAUGUGGAAAGGCUUUCACAAGAAGCUCCCAUCUUGAUGCCCAUCAGAGAAUCCACAUUGGAGAGACAUUUUAUGAAUGUAAUCAGUGUGGAAAGACUUUCAGAAUCAUCUGCAGUCUUGAUGUACAUGGGCAUGUCCAUACUGAGGAGAAAACUUAUGAAUGUAAUCAGUGUGGCAAAGCAAAAGAGCUCUGGUCUUAGUGCCCAUCGGAGAAUCCACACUGGAUGGAAAUCAGUGUGGAAAGGCUGUCACAUGGAAGGGCAAUCUUGUUGCCCAUCAGAAAAUCCACACUUGCAAGAAACCUUUUGAAUGCAGUUAGUGUGGAAAGACUUUCAGAAUUAGAUCCAGUCUUCCUACAAAUCCACACUCAGGAGAAAUUUUAUUAAUAUGACCAACAUGGAAAGGGCUUAACAAAGAGUCCUGCUUGACAUCAGAGAAUCCACACUGGAGAGAAACCUCUUGAAUAUAAACAGUGUAGUGUGGUGUGUGAAAGAUGCAAUUACUGAAGAAGCAAAAGUUCGAACUUCUGAGCAUUUUGACUUAUUGAGCAAUGCAUGCCAAUUGCCUAACAAAUCAGGACCAGAUCUCUUCACCAUAGGCCUGGACCCCAAAUAAUGUGGGAAAUAGACUUUUAUACAUUAAAAACAAUUAAUCAAAUACAGCCAAUUAAUUAAAA